CUAGAUCCGCCUCGGUGAAAAAAACACUAACAGCCAUUGCUUGGGUUUCUGCCUUGGUCUAGACUUCAAGACACCUUCUUCUGUCAUCCCUUACUCUCUCGAUAUUUUCUUCUUCAGGUGACCCAUAUAACUGAAGAUGGGUGACUGGGACCUCCUCGGUCGGCUCCUGGACAAGGUGCAGAAACACUCGACUAUGGUUGGGAAGAUCUGGCUGACUGUACUGUUUGUCUUCAGGAUACUCGUGCUUGGAGUCGGUGCUGAGAGAGUGUGGGGUGACGAGCAGUCCGAUUUCAUCUGCAACACCCAGCAACCCGGCUGCGAAAACGUCUGCUACGACCACGCGUUCCCAAUUUCCCACGUCCGUUUCUGGGUGCUGCAGAUCAUCUCAGUCUCAGCUCCUACGCUGGUUUACCUAGGUCAUGUUUUGCACAUCAUAAAUGAGGAGAAAGUCAUGAGAGAAGCUAUGAAGAAGGCCCAAAAUGAUCAAGCUAACAUUUUCACAAGGAAAGGCCUCAAACUUCCCAAAUAUAGCAACGAUAAAGGGAAAGUCAGCAUCCAUGGUCGCCUGCUGAGAAGCUACAUUAUAAAUUUGCUCUGCAAGAUUUUGCUGGAAGUGGGAUUUAUUUUAGGACAGUAUUACCUUUACGGCUUUGAGCUCAAGCCUCAGUAUGUAUGCAGUCGCUUCCCGUGUCCACACAAAGUCGACUGUUUUCUGUCCAGACCCACAGAGAAAAACAUCUUCAUUUGGUUUAUGCUCGUGAUGUCCUGCGUGUCAUUGCUGCUAAACCUUAUUGAGGUCUUCUACCUGUUUAUCAAGAAGAUCCACAAGUGCCUGAAUCGCAAACGCGACUACAACGUAACCGGCGUAACCCCGGUUUUGACCAAAAAAACUUUUGAAAACAAGGACCACAUGAUUCAGAACUGGAUGAAGCGUGAACUACAUCUUCAGAAAAAGGAAGCUGCCAAUGAAGUGGGCAAGCGAGCGAUUUUGGAAGACCACAACACCAAUGACGUGGAAGAAGUUCAUAUCUGAGCUUCGUAAACAGAACCUUUCUCAAGGCCGGUUGAGGCAAAUAUCAGUGAGACUGAGCAGCUGUUGUUUUUUUUGGGGGGUUUUUUUGUUAGAUUAUACACUUUUUGGCCAAAAGUAUGUACAGUAUACAUCUUGAUUGAAUGCUGAUUUUUGAACAUUCUAUUUCAUAAUCAAGUUGCUCCUUUACUGCUAUAACAGCCUUCACACCUCUGGAAAGAGCUUUCCACUAGGUUUAUGGAGUCAGUCAGAGAAUUAGGUUGAACACAGAUGUUUAACACCAUCACUGUUUGAAUUCAUUCCAAAGGUGUUCAGUGUGUUUAAGGUCAGGGUACCUUCUAUACAAGCCACUUCCAUACUAAUCUAGAAAAACCAUGUCACUAUGGAAUUUGCUUUGUGCACUGGUGCAUUGUCAUGCUGGAACAGGUUUCGGCCUGCUAGUUCCAGUGAAGGUUGUAAUACUGCAGAAUGCAAAGACAUUCUAAAGAAGAAAGAUUUUCCUACUAAAGAAGCUCCACUGAUGCACCAGUAGGUCAUGGAGGCAAUGCUCUACAAUGUCCAGAAUGGCUGUGAGUUUCCUAAAUGUGUCCUCUUUUCAAUCAUCUUUUAGAUGGUCAAGUGCUUGCAUAGUUUUGGUUAUAGAGUUUCUUUAAUUAUUAUUUCAAAGCACUGCUGAAUUCUCAGAUUUCUUUUUUUUUGUCCUUCAAAAUAACUCAAAUAAUUUGAAUGACACAUUGAUGUCUCAUUAAUGUAUUAAUGCAUUUGUUCUUAUAUAUUAUGGUUUCUAAAGUAGCACAUUUAACCAGAAAUUGUAUGGAGGACCGGCUGCAUGAUCUUCUUCGUUUUCUUCUUCUUUCAGCUGCUUCCGUUAAGUUCGUCUCCAUUUUACCCUGUCCUCUACUGUUUGCUUCUUUCAAACUAACCACCUGCAUGUCUUACUUCACCACAUCCAUAAACCUCCUGCUUGUCCUUGCUUUUAUCCUUGUGCUUGGUGGCUCCAUCCUCAGAUUCUUCUACUGAAAUUCCCCAUACCCCUCAUCAGCACAUGACCAAACCAUCUCAAUCUAGUCUCUCACCUUCCUACAUGCUGUUCCUCUAAUAAACUCAUUUCUAAUCCUGUCCAUCAUCUUCACUCCCAAUGAAAAUCUCAGGACCUUAAACUCCCAGCUCCGCCUUCUGUCUUUUCAUUAAUAAACAAAGUCUCCAAACCAUGCAACAUCGCAAGACCUCCUAUCACAAAUCACUCCUGCCACUCUUCUCUUCACUUCUCACAAUUUCUUCCAUACACACCCUCCAGUACUUUACACAGUCGACACCAAUGAUUUAAAAUUAACCUGCUAUAUAAUCUAUGCUUAAUAAUAAAUGGAACUUAAA